UGGCUUAGGUGUAAUGGGAGCUACAGGAGUACUUCUGUGUGUUGUCUUACACUUCCUCCAGAUGGUAACACAGAGUUCAGAAAAAUUCACAGUGACUGGCUUACAGAGGCCAGUCUUGGCACCAUUGGGUGGAAAUGUUGAACUGAGCUGUCAGUUGUCUCCGCCACAACAAGCACAGCAUAUGGAGAUUCGUUGGUUUCGAAAUCGCUAUACAGAGCCUGUGUACCUGUACAGGAAUGGUAAAGACCUGCAUGGAGAAACUAUCUCCAAGUAUGUGGAGCGGACUGAACUCCUGAAAGAUGACAUUGGAAAGGGGAAGGUGACCCUCAGGAUCUUUAAACUGACAGCUGAUGAUGAUGGGACAUACCACUGUGUCUUCAAAGUUGGAGAGUUCUAUGAAGAGCAUAUCACAGAGGUCAAGGCCACAGCCACAAGCUCGGACAUGUACAUUCUCAUGCAGCCCCCUAAUAUCAAAGGUGUGAUGUUGGAGUGUCAUUCAGGAGGUUGGUUCCCACAGCCUCAUAUGGAAUGGAGAGACAACAAGGGAAAUAUCAUUCCAGCUACAUCAAAGGCCCAUUCACAGGAUGAAAACAAAUUGUUCAACAUGACAAUGACCCUUCUUAUUGAAGCCAGCUCCCACAGGAGUGUCACUUGCUAUCUUCAAAACCUUCUAACUCACCAAGAAGAAAGCAUAAGUAUUGUCCUAUCAGGUGAACUAUUUUCAUGGAAAAUUGUUUGGAUAAUGAUUCUGACUACAAUAGGAUUCAUGAUGAUAGCCUUCUGCAUGACUUAUUAUGUUCAGCAACGUCUCUUAUAUGGUAGCGUCUCUGAGGGGAAAUGUCAUUGGUUAAAGAGUAUAAUGGUACUCAUGUUUUCAGUGAUUGCAGUUACAGGAGUAAUGCUCAUUUUGCAUCUAAAACAAAGAGGUCUUAUGGAAAUUAACUAUGAAUGCACAGAAUAAUUAGAUGAAGUAGUCCUAUAUACUGUAGAGGUCCUCAACUUAUGAGUCAUGACCAUUGGAUCACACAUAUUUUCCAGGACUCAUGGACUAAGACAUCACUAAGUGCUAAAAUUACUAUUAUGAAGUAGAAACAAAAAUAAAUUUAUAACUAAGUGUUGCUAAACCACUUGAACCAUGUAUUUUCCUGUUGGUCAUGCCACAAGAGUUGAGAACUGCUACACUAUUGUAAGCCAGAGCUAUAUCCUCAAUCAUACUGCAGAAUCACAAGGCUGAAUUGAACAUUUUAGUGAAGUUUUUCAUUUAUUUUCUCCUGUGAAAUGAGUACAUGAACAGCCUUAAAACAAAUGAGUUACUUGCAAAUUGGGCAAUAUCCUAUCUGCAUAAAUAACUUUUAGAGUCUUAUUAUACUCAGUAGAACAAUCCAGUCAUGAAAAGACACGAUGUGAUUUUAUUUAUAUAAGGCCAUUGAAUAGCCCAGGCCUUAUAUAUAGACAGUAGAAUGGAAAUUGCAAGAGCUAGAGGUAAGAAAAGAGGUGGACUUUUUGUUUGAUGGGUACAGAAUUUAAUUUGUGGAGGUAAAAGCAUUUACAGAGAUGACUGGUGAUGGAAGUUGUAUAAUAUGAAUGUAUUUAAUGUCACAAAACUAUAAAGUAGAAAAUGGGUACUGUGGUAAUUUAAUAUCAAAUAGCUUUGUCAUAAAACUAAUAAACUAAU